AUGGAUCUGAAGAAGUGUACCCGCUGUGCGGGGUUCUCCCUUAUAUCUCUUUCCCUGGUCUGCAUCACGGCCAAUGCCCUCCUACUGGUUCCUGAUGGGAAGACCUGGAGCAGUGACCAACUCAGCAUGCAUGUCUUGCUCCUGCCUGGCUUCAUCGGCGGGGGAUUGAUGGUGCUGUGGUCGGGAAUCGGAGCAGCUCUGGCAGCGGUUGCAGAUCCAGACUGGAUUACACAUUCCUUCUUGUGCUCGAUCUUCGGAAUGCUUGGUGCCAUCUACUGCCUCUCCGUGUCAGGAGUCGGCCUCAGAAUUGGACCCAAAUGCUUCAUAAACGGCGAGUGGGACUACCACUUCCAAGAAUCCGAAGGCGAUUACUUGAAGUACAAUGCUUACUGGAAUUUGUGCGAGGAGCCACUCACAGUGGUGCCCUGGAAUGUGACGCUGCUCUCGUUGCUGGUGGUUGCCUCCUGCCUGGAGAUGGUGCUGUGUGGCGUGUACCUGGUGAACGCUAUUAUUGGUGUCAUUUGUGAGAACUGGAGGAAAAAGGAGGUGGGACAGCAUGAGGUGGAGUUGUGGAGGGACCUGCUUGCUCCUGGCUAG